AUGCCUACAAUACUAGGGAAAGAUAUUGGAGCUAUUGGCUUGGGCCUUCUCAACCUGACGAAUCCUGCCAAAAAUUUGUCGCACGAGCAGGCCUUCGCUGUUCUGAGGCAGAGUCUUGAGUCUGGUGCAACAUUCUGGGAUGGUGGAGAAAACUAUGGUACCCCAGACGCCAACUCCUUGCACCUUGUCAGCAACUACUUCGCCAAAUAUCCCGAGGACGUAGAUAAAGUGCUUUUGAGCAUUAAGGGCGGACUCCGGCCCGAUCGAACACCAGAUGGCUCGCCCGACGCAGUGCGGAGGACGGUGGACAAUUGCCUGCACAUCCUUACCGGUCGCAAGGAACUCGACCUGUACCAAUGCGCCCGCGUCGACCCGGACACGCCAAUCGAAGACACAAUCAAGACACUCGGGGAGCUCGUCCAAGAGGGCAAAAUUGGCGGCAUCUCGCUCAGCGAAGUCAGCGCGAACACGAUCCGUCGAGCCGUCAAGAUCCACAAGAUCUCGGCCGUCGAGGUCGAAGUCUCACUGUGGGAAGACCACGUUCUCAACGACGGUAUUGCAUCCGUUUGUGCCGAGUUCGACAUCCCCAUCAUCGCCUACUCACCACUCGGUCGCGGCUUCCUCUCGGGACAGUUCAAGAAUGUCGAAGACCUUCCUCAGAACGAUUUCCGACACCUGUUCCCCAGGUUUCAGCCGCAGAAUUUUUCUCGCAACUUGAAGCUGGUCGAGAGCGUUCAGAGUGUGGCGGACAAGAAUGGAAUCACCAAUGCACAGCUGGCUAUCAAUUGGGUCCGGCAGCUGUCUCAACGUGAUGGACACCCGGUUUUCAUUCCUAUCCCAGGCGCCUCGAGCCCCGAUAGGGUCAAGGAAAAUUUCACGGUUGUCGAUCUGCCUCCGGAGGAUCUUGCGGAGAUUGAUCGUUUGGUCCACUCUUUUGAGACGGCCGGCGGCAGAUAUCCUGAGAUGUGGGCUAAGCAGUUAAAUGGUUGA